AUGACGGCCAAGACUGCGGUGAAGCGGAAGGGCAAUGCCGAGGCCGCCAGGCCCGCCAAGGCCACCGAAAAGAAGCCGAAGCUCGACGAGGGCAGCGACGCCGAGGAGGAGCAGGACAAGCCGGCCAAGACGCGCGCCCCUCGCCCCGUUGAUGAACAGCAAGUGCUUCAGGGAAUCCAGGGCCAGGCGCGCGCGGCGAUGGUGGCGAUGAAGAAGCACGUGGAGCAGAAGGACCAAAAGUCCCUGUUCCCCGACAUUGACCAGGCGGCCGAGCUGCACGUCAUCCUCAAGAAGACCCCCGCCCAGUGCCCCAGUCUUCGCCACAAAAUUUGCCUCCCGCACACGGAGCGCACGCUGAAGAACACGCGGAUCCUGGUGAUCCUGCCCGAUCUCGAUCGCUCCCAGGAGGCCAGGUAUGAUCAAGACGUCGACAAGCAGGCACGUGAAUGGGAGCAGAAGCUCGAGGAUGACCACGGCAUUCGCGUCGGCACCCACGUCACCAAGGUGGUGACCAAGCGGCAGCUGGAGCGUGAGAAUCGGCAGCCCGUCCAGAAGCGCCAGCUCUCGCGCGCCUACGACAUCUUCUUGGUUGACAGCCGCGUGGCCAAAUCGGUGUACACCUUCCUCGGCAAACCCUUCCACAUGAACAAAAAAUCGCCGCAAGAAUUCAAGUACGGACGCCCGCUGGCCGACGCGAUCCAGCUCGCCCUCAAGUCGGCCUAUUUCUACACGUUGCCCCGCGUCGAGCGGACGCACGUCGAAUUCGGGCACUUUGGCCAGCCGAACUCGCAGCUCGGCGAAAACUUUGAUGCCUUGCUGGCGGGCGUUGUGAAGCACACCCCAGGUGGAUUGGCCAACAUUCGCGGAUUGUACAUCAGCCCGCCCAGCUGCACCCCCUUCCUCCAGGUCUACGGCGAUGAUGGCGCCGCUUCGGCUGUCAGCAUGAAGAAGCCGCUGAAGAAGGUGCAGCCGACCAUCGUCGACGAGUUGACCACCAUUCCCGACGGGCUCAAGGUGUCCGUCCUCCCGUCCGGCAAGACGCGCGUCAUCCGCGAGGCGGACAACGUCGCCGUCCUCUAUCCAACAACGGCCGAUGAAUGGGAAGCGCGCGACGACCUGAAGCCGACGAUCAACCCCGAGCGGGAGGCGAACAAGCGCGCCAAACGCCACGCCAAGAUCGAGCAGGACAAGAAGAGGAAGAAGGCGGCAAAGAAAGCGGGCGGCGCGGCGGCGUCGGGCAAGUCGGUGGUGGCGAACGCGGCGGGGAUGUUGGUACCCGCGACGGGGGUCGAGCCGAAGAAGGAGGAGGUCAAGGAGGAACAGGUCGACUACAGCGCCGCGGAAGCUGUUGAAGAGCCGGACAGCGACGUCGAGCAGGUCGAGCCGCCCCUGAAGAAGGCCAAGAAGACGGAAAAGGCGAAAAAGGCGACGCCGAUCGCGCCGCUUGGGGAGGAGGAGGGCGGCAAGAAAAAGAAGAAGCUGAACAAGCCGGUGAAGAAGGGCAACAAGGCAUCGCCGGCGAUCCAGAAGAAGAAGAAGAUGAACAACAACGGCAACAAGGACAAGAAGACGAAGACGGCCAAGGCACGC